AUGAGGCCUAUUUUGCUCGCGGGCCAUGAACGUGCCCUGACUCAGAUCAAGUUCAACAGCGAUGGCGAUCUUCUGUUCUCCGUGUCGAAGGAUAAAAUUGUGUGCGCUUGGUGGUCGGCCAACGGCGAGAGACUCGGUACCUACAACGGACACCAGGGUGCCAUCUGGACGGUCGAUGUGAGCCCCAACACGGUUCUCCUGGCGACGGGCUCGGCAGACAACACCGUGCGACUAUGGAACGUCAAGACCGGCGAGUGCGUGAAGGUGUGGGAUUUCCCUACGGCCGUGAAGCGGGUCGAGUUCAGCCCCGACGGAAGCAGACUUUUGGCCGUGACGGAGAAGCGUAUGGGUUUCUUGGGUACCAUCGCCGUCCUCGAUAUCAGCUACGGCGAGAACUUGGAGGACCAGGCCGAUGAGCCCAGCUUGCGGAUCACCUGCACGGAGAGCAAGGCUACCGUUGCGGGCUGGAGUUAUCUCGGCAAGUACAUCAUUGCUGGUCACGAAGACGGCAGUGUCAGCCAGUACGACGAGAAGACCGGUGAGCAGCUGGAGAACGUCCAGGCCCACGAGUUCGACCACCAGAUCAACGACAUCCAAUUCUCUCAAGACCGCACCCACUUCAUCACCGCCUCCAAGGACAAGUCUGCCAAGCUCAUCUCCUCUCGCAACCUCGCCAUCCUCAAGACCUACCCCGCCGAUACUCCCUUGAACAGCGCCACGAUCACGCCCAAGAAGGAUUACGUUAUUCUGGGUGGUGGUCAGGCCGCCAUGGAUGUCACCACCACCUCCGCCCGCCAGGGUAAAUUCGAGGCUCGCUUCUACCACAAGGUCUUCGAGGACGAGAUCGGCCGUGUCAGAGGUCACUUCGGUCCCCUCAACACCGUCGACGUCCACCCCGCCGGUACUGCCUACGCGUCCGGAGGAGAGGACGGUUACGUUCGUGUGCAUCACUUCGACAAGCCUUACUUCGACUUCAUGUACGAGGUCGAGCGGGAGCAGCUGCGGAAGUAGAGAAGAGGAGACGGAGAGGCGAUUUUGACGUUCGG